AUGGCCAACAAUCGCUUGUCACAAAUACAAAGCCACCUUGGCCAAAGCAACUCAGACGUCGAUCCAACCAGAGUUGACGGGCAUGUUAUUAUCAUAACUGGCGCAGCUCAGGGUAUUGGUCGAUCGGCAGCUAUACUUCUAGCUCAAAAGGGGGCCAGGGUUGCGAUUAACGAUCUCGAUGCAGCCAAAGCUAAAGAGGUUGCUGACGAAGUAUGCAAUGCCGGAGGGAUUGCCGCACCAUUUCCUGGUAAUGCAGUUGAUGAGUCUUUCCCAGAUCAAUUAGUGAGAGAAGUUUUGAAGAAAUGGGGAAAGAUAAAUUGCAUUAUCAAUAACGCUGGUAUGAUACAAGGCUUUGAGAAUGAAAGGAGACGAGUGACCAACUUUUAUCUAGGGUUCUGUCAUGAUAGUGCUAUUCACAAAAUGACAGACGCGAAGUUUGACAUCGUGAUGAAAAUUCAUAAUUACACUCCUUUCCGCCUUCUUCGAGCACUAUCUUCACACUGGAUGGAUCCUUCAUUUUUUGAGAUGCCAAAGAGUGUGAUCAAUGUUUCUUCGACUUCUGGUCUACACGGAGCCAUGGGCCAGAUUAAUUAUGCGACUGCCAAAGCGGGAAUCGUUGGGCUUACAAAAACCGUCGCGUCUGAGUGGAGUCGGUACAAUGUACGUGCCAAUGCGGUGGCAUAUGGAUGGAUUGACACUCGUAUAACUCGACCACCAACUGAUUCAGAGGUUCUCAAGAUUGGUGGGCAGGAUAUUCGCCCAGGUAUCCCUCUGAACGCCAAAAAAUGGCGGGACGUGUCCGACAUUCCGUUGGCUCGACCUGGAAGUGCGGAUGAGGCAGCUAGAGUCAUGCUGUUCCUAGCAAGUCCUCUAUCUUCAUACGUCACAGGAACUUGUAUCGAAUGCACUGGUGGAAGGUUCAUGUAA